AUGCAGAGCACGGACCUGGGCAACAAGGAGAGCGGCAAGAUAUGGCACUGCAAGCCCUCACCGGCCACUCGAGAUGGAAUUAUAGUGAACAUCAUACAUAGCACUUCUGAUUAUCAUCUAAAAGUUAUGUGAUUUUUGAAUGUGGCUUUUGAUGGCUCAGGAGAUUGUUCAAUUGCUGGGGACCAUCAAGGAAAUAUCUAUGUUUUUGACUUGCAUGGAAACAGGUUUAAUCUUGUUCAGCGAACAGCACAAGCUUGCACAGCUCUGGCCUUUAAUCUUUGUAGAAAGUCUCAAUUCCUUGUGGCAUUAGAAGAUUAUUCUAUGAAAUGUUUUGAUACAGUCACCAAGGAGCUGGUUCACUGGAUGAGAGGGCAUGAGUCAUCAGUAUUCUCAAUAUCCAUGCAUGCAUCUGGGAGAUAUGCCAUCACCACUUCUUCUGAGACAGCACAACUGUGGGACCUGGAUACCUUUCAGAGAAAAAGAAAAUUGAAUAUUCACCAGUCUGUGGGUAUACAGAAGGUUUUCUUCCUACCUCUAAGUAACACCAUCCUCAGCUGUUUUAAAGAUAAUUCCAUCUUUGCCUGGGAGUGUGAUACUCUUUUCUGUAAAUGCCAAUUGCCAGCUCCACCUGAAAGCUCUAGUAUAUUAUACAAAGUAUUUGCUGUGACCAGAGAUGGCUGAGUUCUGGCUGCUGGAGGCAAAUCAAACCAUCUUCAUUUGUGGUGCUUAGAAGCUACACAGCUCUUCAGAAUUAUCCAGAUGCCUACUAAAGUCAGAGCUAUUCGACAUCCUGAAUUUCUUCCUGACUGUUUCGAUGCUGGUUCAAAUCAGGUUCUUGGCGUGCUAAGUCAAGAUGGAAUUAUGAGAUUUGUCAAUAUACAGACUUGUAAACUUCUCUUUGAAGUCGGAAGCCUUGAUGAAGGAAGUAGCUCAUCAGUAAUUAGCCCACAUGGGUGGUACAUCGCAUCUAUUAUGGAAAAUGGAAGUCUGAACAUAUAUUCAGUUCAAGCUUUAACACAUGAAAUAAAUAAGCCUCCUCCUCCUCUAGUGAAAGUGAUUGAAGAUUUGCCUAAGAAUAGAUUGAGUGCCAGUGAUCUUAAGAUGAAAAUAACAUUGGGAAGAGUGCAGCAGCCAGCGAAGUCUAGAGAAGGCAAAAUCCAGACUAGAAUAUUAAAACAAGACCUGAUGGGCAAUUUUGAAAAUAAAGAGAACGAGUUGUUAUAUGGAUUGAACACAAAGCACUUGCAAGUCUUAUUAAAAGGCUAUAGUGAAUAUCCAAAAAAGUACAGGAUGUUCAUUUGGUGCUCUUUGUUACAACUGCCUGAAAAUCAUACUGCAUUUAGUAGCCUAAUAGGUAAGGGUACUCAUGUGGCAUUUCUCAACCUUCAGAAAAAAUAUCCCAUCAAAAGUAGGAAACUACUCAGAGUGCUGCAGAGAUAUGUUCAGUGUAUUGCAACAAUAUGUGUGAAAUCUGUAAUGAUUACAGCCCUCUGUCUAUAA